UUGUUUGUGUUUCGAAUUUUGUUAUUUUGCUUAUUCGUGUUUGGAAUUCGAACUUCUGUCUUUCGUUCGCGUUUUGUGUUGCGCCAGCUUUUAUCGCUGCAGAAAAAAAUCACAGAAUUAAAUAAUUAAGUCAUAAUUAUAGGACAACAAAAACAAAAUGACGCAACCGGUAAAGUUCUAUUUCGAUUUUUUGAAUCAGUCUAGCCGAUCUCUCUACAUACUUUUGGAGGCAUCAAAAAUUCCAUUCGAAGCGAUACCUAUUUCUAUUGUCAAAGGCGAGCAUUUAACGGGCGAGUUUCGAGACAAAGUCAAUCGGUUUCGCAAGCUGCCCGCAAUCACCGAUCAGGGAUAUCAGCUGUCCGAGAGUGUGGCCAUCUUCCGUCAUCUAGCUCGCGAGAAGCUAGUGCCCGAGCACUGGUAUCCGCACCGUUAUCUAGGUCGCAGCCGCAUCGAUGAGUAUCUUGCUUGGCAGCAGUCAAAUAUGGCAGUGGCCUGUACCGAUUAUUUUCAGCAAAAAUGGCUGGUGCCUUACCUGCAGAAAAUACGACCUUCCGAUAGUGCGGUUAAUGUAGCUAGCAAGCAGCUGGAGCACACACUUAACGACUUUGAGGAGCUGUUCCUGAAUUCUCGAAAAUUCAUGUUGGGCGAUAACAUAUCCUAUGCGGACUUGAGUGCAAUCUGUGAAAUUGAUCAGCCCAAGUGCAUUGGCUUCAAUGCCUUCAAAAAUCGAAACAAGCUGGCGCGCUGGUAUGAAAUGGUGCGCGAAGAGCUGGGACCCUAUUACAAAAAUGUCCACGAAGAGUUCAAGUCUAAGUUAAAACUGAACAAUGUACAGCAGCAGCUCGGCGAGGCGCACGCCCUAAAGCAAUAACCAAUUACUAGAUAUAUUUUAUAUAUAUAUCUUUAUAUAUCCUGUACACAUUAAAAAUUGUGCUUAUAAUAUGUACCAGAAGGAGGCACCUCCGUUCCCAUAAAGUAUUUAGUAUAGCCAUGCUUGUCUGUCCGCCUUUUUGUCUGUUUCUAUGAAAACUGGACCGCCGGUUCUCGGGCUUUCUGGAUUAAACUUUGCCUCGGUCUAUCAAUUUAAUUAAGUCAGUGUCUGUACGUUGGUCGAAAAUUGAGUUCAUAUGAAAAAAACGUUCUGGUUUUUGAAAUAUCCUAACCGACCAGAUUAAAUUCUAGAUAAAAUGUUAGCGUAACUGUUCAUUCAUAUAUAUACCGUAGGAAUAAUCGGGGGAAAAUUGAGUUUUAGAUAGAAACAUAACGUUCAUCUAAAUAUGUGCUAUAUGUGUGCAAGGAUAAAUAUUAUUCGGCCUCCGAAAAUAAUUGUUUAUUUUUGUUUUUUUUUUUUAUUUCCUUAUGUAGAAGAUUAUUUAAUAAAAUGUUCACUAAAGACGCGUUAGCUGUUAGUUAUUAUAUCUGUAAAUACUUAGAAAAUAAUGUUCAAAUACGAUAUAAUAUUCCGAAAAAAUUAACCUAAGAUGGCCAAGUGUGCUUUCAUAAUUUUUUACAAGUGAAGUUAAAGACUAAAAUUCCAAAAUAUAUUGACAUACUUUUACCACAGUUUAAGUGUUCGGCUUAGGACUGAAGCUAUAGAGUAACUAACCCCAAAUAAAUAAAGGCUCUUUUAUA